AUGUUGUUGAUGGGUAAACCAACAUCCACACUACUACGAAUUACAAGAUCGGUUAAAACAUCAACAAUAGAUUGGAAACCAAUAAAAUCAGUCCCAGGAAAUUUAAGAACAAUAUCACAUCAAAAAAAAAUGCCUAUCUUUAGAAGAGUAAUAUUGGGAUUAAUGUACGCAAUGCCUAUAAUAACUUUUGGGUUGGGAUGUUGGCAAGUACAUAGAUUAAAUUGGAAAAAUGAAUUAAUUACAAAAUGUGAAUCAAAUUUAGCAGCUCCUGUUAUUGAAGAAUUACCUAAAAAUCUUGAUCCUAAUGUAAUUGGAGAAUUUGAAUAUAGAAGAUUUAAAUGUCGGGGAAAAUUUGAUUAUGAUCAAGAAAUGUUCUUGGGGCCAAGAAUGAAAGAUGGCGUAUUGGGAUAUCUUGUUGUCACACCUUUUAUAAGAUCAGAUGGUGGGAAACCUAUUUUAAUAGAAAGAGGCUGGAUUCAUAAAGAUAAAGUUGUUCCUUCAAAAAGAAAUAAAGGUUAUCUAUCACAUUUAGCUUUUCCUCAAGGUGAAAUUGAAAUUGAAGCAUUAUUUAGAUGUAUGCCACCAAAAUCUUAUUUGCAAUUUGAUCAUGAACCUGGUGCUAAAUUAUUUAAUAUACCUGAUGUACCAGCAAUGGCUAAACAGAGUGGUUCAUUACCUGUUUAUUGUCAAAUGAUUUAUGAUUUAAGUGAUCAUUUAGAUUACAAGACUGAAAAAUUACUUGAGGAAAAAGGUCAAUCUACAUCACCAUCAUUGUGGAAUAAAAUCUUCUUCACUACCAAAACCAAGGAAAACAAAAAAGAAUAUAUACAAGAUUUAUCUGAUGAUUCCAUGUAUUUCCAAGAAUUUGAAUUUAUAAAUCAAGGAGUCCCCAUUGCAGCAAAACCAACUAUAAAAUUCUCAAAUAAUCAUUUACAAUAUUUAAUAACUUGGUUCGGUGUUUGUAUUGCAAGCACUGGGCUUUUAAUUUAUAUGAGUUGGAAAACAAAACAAUUUUCAAGUGCUGAUAGAAUAAUUGAAGCUAAAAGAAAAGAAAUGAAGAAAUUAUUGUAA